AUGGAAGAUCCAUACUUGGCCUUGGAGGGGAGUAUCCAAGAAUACUCAUCAGAGGAAAGCAGUGGUAAAGUGAGGUGGAUCCUGAACAAGGGAUUAGCAGUGGGAAAGAAGAUUUUGGUGGCAGGUUUUGUGAUAUCUUCUGCACCUGUGGUAGUUCCUCCUCUUGUGAUUAUCUCCUUUCUCGGGUUCGCUUGUUCGGUCCCGUAUGGACUCUUAUUGGCAAGCCAUGCUUGCACUGAUAAGCUCAUGAGUAUGUUGCUUCCGGGGUCUAAACCUCCUCCAUUUCUUUUGGAUUACGUAAAAGUGUCGAACAAUGAUGAAGUUGUCCAGGUGGAUGAAUAUGGUGAAGGAGAAGAUUUGUGGCUUAAAGGAGGUAUUGAUAUGGAGAAGGAAGAAGAAGAGAUGUUGGAGGAUACGAGGGAAACGAUUGAGAUGAGGAUCGAGUUAGUUGAGAAUGAGAAUGAGAAUGAGAAUGAUCAUUAUGUUGACGAAGUUGAGCAUGGAGGUGUUGUUAGAGAAGAUGAAAAUGAGAUAGAGGAGGAAAAUGGAUAUGAAAAAGAUGUUGGCGAGUAUGAAGAUGAAAAUGAGGAAGAACCAACGAAAUUAGAAUUUGAGGUGAGAAUGGAAGGAGUUGGAGAAGAGGAAGAAAAGGAGCCUGUGGUAGAUGAUGUGCUUGCUGUUGUUGUUGAGACUGAGGGAGAUGAGAAAAGUGGUGGAACCAUUGACGACGUCGCGGCGCCAUUUGAAGUGACUGACAUUGUUGUGGAAUUGUGUCAGAACAAUAAAAGUAAUGAAGAUGAGGAAAUGGUGAAAGAGACAAGGGGAUUACUUGAAAAAAUCAGGGAGGAGGGUAUGACUGAUAGUGAAGAGAAGAACAAGCAGAGUGUAGAGAAACUAUCCGGAGAAGCAGAGGAGGGACAUCAGCAAGUUAAUAGGAAUGUUCAAGAGAUGGGGAUGCCAAUGGAAGGCAGGAUUGGCAAUAAGCCUCUUGGAAAUGUAGAAAAUAACAACGAUGAAAUUCCGAAAGAAAGUUACAAGGUUCAAGAGACAGAGGAUGUGCGAAAUGCGGACGUAAUUUCAAAAGAGGGGGACACAAAAGAAAUGGUAGGAGGUUUAUUAAAACCAAUAGGCGAAAAGAUUGAAACGACUGAUGUUGGUAGCAUCGAAAAAGAGGAGCAAAAACCAGUUUUAAACGAGCCUUCUAUGUUGCAGAGAGAAGCAGAUAACAAUAUUACUAAGGAUGUAGAAAAAGAUACUCAAUUGAGUAGGGAGAAGGAAAAUGUGAUCUCCUCAAAUGCAGAUGUAAGAGAAAUUGCCGAUGAAAGCGGCCUUGAGUUGUUUGAUAAUAAAAAUGGCGCUGCGGAUUACAACACAGUCGGAGAAAAUGAACCCUCUUCAAGUAUUUGUGCAAGUCCUGAGACAGUUGAUUAUAUGGCGCUUCCUGUUUUUUCAGGGGAGCGUAAGAAGUGCAACGGGGCUGGAAUUCGCCCACAAAAAGGCAGUUGUAUGGCUUCCAGUAAGGAGCUAUACAGUGAGGAGAAAAUCUGGGAACAAAUCGACGCUAUGCGCCGGAUAGUCGGAUACAAAGCAGCACCACAGGGGACAUGCAUUGAGGAGCUGAAGGCAAUGUAUUUGUUCACAGGAAUCCAGCCACCAGCCUUGUUCAAGGACCCUUCUGAUCUUGUUGAAGUUAAUGAGAAGCUCAGGUUUCUCAUGUCCAUUGUUGGAGUCAAGUAGACUUAGGGGUUUU